AAUGCUUCUCUCUGUGGAUGUUGUUUUUGGUCACAAAAUCCAUUCCCAACCACUCCAUAAAUCCUCUCUCUCUCUUUCUCUCUCUCUCUCAACUAUUUUCAAUGGGUUUUCUCGCCCGCUAAUUUGAUAACCCAAUUUUAAAAAUUGUCUUCCAUUUUUCCCUCUGCUUUUCUUGAACUUUCUCGGCAAUUUUCUUAUCUGGGUUUCCUCCAAAACAUGGGGAAAAAUCAACAAUACAAAGCUAUGCAGAGAGCGAGGCUCGGUGCGAGCUCAACGGGCCACGAUGAGAUCGAAGACGGCAUGGUGGAUGGUUCUUUUCAUUCACCAGAGUGGCAUGCUGCUCGUUUGGCCAGCCUCGAAACUUCUCACACAGUUACUUGGGAAGAAUUCAAAAGGAAGCAAAAGGAAGAUGAAAUGAGAAAGGGGGAAUUGGAAGCAGAUAAAGAUAAAAUGAUGAGAGAGUACAGGGCUCAGCUAGAUGCUGAAAGGGCUAUCAAGCUGGCCAGAGGACGAAAUCACUCGAGCAGUAAAUCUAAUCAUAAAAAGGACAAGUAUAAGGAUUUGAAGAAACGCAGCAGCAAAAAGAGAAAGCAUUCGAGGCGGUCUUUUGAAUCAAGUUCCUCAGAAUCUUCAAGUAGUGGCAAUGAAGAGAGAGAAUCAAGAACAUCGAAAUCAAGGUCCAAGAAAAGGAAGAAGGAAAAGAAGCACAGGUCAAGAUCUAAGCACUCUAGCAGCAGUGAUGAUGAAAAGGCUGGUGGGCCUUUGCCACUUUCUAGAUUCUUCGGGAGCGUGAAGAGCUGAUGUUUUCCUGAUGGUAGGCCUUGUAGUCUUCAGUCCGUCCUCUCCCUAAAAUGUAUAUGAGGUCUGGAUUAUUCUCAAUUCACUCUGGCAAUUGUUCUCUCUUUCUUCCUUCCAAGGUGGAUAACAUAUGUGAUGAUGUUCUGAUUUAUAUAUUUUUUUUCCUUAAAAUGCAAUUUAAUUGGAAGAAAGCUUCUUAUCUAA